AUGUGGGAUGCGGCACACCCCAUUGCGACCUCCAGUGUCAUGCCCGUAACGACAACUUUCGGAAGGAGGCUCGACGACUUUCAGCCUGACGAGUGGAUCGACGCUGAGGUGGUGCUGCCAGAUUCGGAUGCAGGUUCACAGCUGAGACGACUGCAGAUGGGGAGCCCGAUGCCCACCACCACGUCGACCACAGUCGUGCCUGUCACAGAGAGUUCUUGCUACCAGGACCUGACAGAGGCCCAGCAAGAUGCGGUUCGUACGCUGGCAUACAGCAUCACGACCUGGCACUUGUGCAAGAAUCCAUCUUGCUCGUGGCCUGACGGCAUCCCGGAGCCCGAUGCACCUUGCCUUGAGGUUCUUGCAUGGUUCGAUUCCUCGUUAUAUUCCCGGACUUGGGUUGACCUGACUGACUCGAAACGCUCAGCGCUGGAGCUGCUGGGAUGGGCAAGCUCACGCUGGGUGCAAAUGGACUUUCCUCUAUCCUAUGCUCAGCUGUGGAGCGAACUACAACCCAGGCAGCAAGAAGCCGCCACCUUCCUUGGCUACAGCGUGGAGACCUGGGAAAGAUGUGAAAGGGCAGCGCCGUGCAUAACUCGCCUAGAGCUGCUGGAGACGAAGUGGAGCACCAUCUCCUGGCGCGAAAUGCAGCAGCCAUUUCAAGACAGGUUGAAGGAGCUCGGUUAUGAUGAGAAGCGAUGGACAAAUGGCGACGGCGCCACCUUGAAGAAGGCCUACGUGGAUCUCACCGAUGCCGAGACGAUUUCAGUCAGACUGGCAGGCUAUGUUUCUGACACGUGGGAUGGCUGUCCAGAUGCUCAGUGUGAAGAGCGCUUCAGUUACCUGAAGAGAAAAUACAGCGACAUCCAGUGGAGUGCCCUGACUGUUGCUGAGCGGCGUGCUUGGCAGCUUCUUGGGCACACCGAGAAUCUGUGGUUAGGUGGAAUGAUGAACACCGUCAGCAUGCAGUUAACCUGGGACGAGCUAUCUUUGGAGCAGCGAGCGCAGGCCGAGUUCCUUGGAUUCUCCAUGGGAACCUGGCAGGGCUGCAACGACAACUGGGGACAGGACACCGGAAACAACACCCAGAGCGACGACUUCAUUUCAAGCAGCAUUGAAAGGACGGUGCGCUCGCGCAUGGUCAUUCGACGGCCCUUCGCGGAGGUCUCCGGCAAUGUUUAUGGUUCUGCCGUGGACAGACUUCCUACUUCCUUCAUUCAGGUCUUCGAAGAAGCCAUUGCAAGGGCGUUGUUUUGCAGCAACCCCCCUCUCAGCGAAGAUCCGAGCACAUACGUGGACACUGACGGGAAUCCUCUUUGCAUCCAGAAAGGCAUCUACGAAACGCAGAGACACCGCGUCAAGGUCAUGACAGUGGUUGAAGGAUCCAUCAUCGUGGAUUUCUUCCUGGCAAGGAAUCAGACGGUCACGGAACUUCCAGCCCCUGCACUCUUCGAGUCACUGCGCCGGAUGCUGGAGCUGAAGACAUCCCCGUUGUGUCAGGAUAUGCACUUUGGCAAGUUCGCUCAAGUUGCUCACAUGGAGGAAAUUCCUCUCUCCUUACUUUCCGAAGAUGAGCUCGCGAAAGCUGCUGUCUUCGAAGUGAUGCGGAACCAAUAUGGACCUGAAACUGCCUGUCAGCUGCUCUCGGAUGCUCGAGAAGGUCCCGUGAAGUGCCCCACCACAACAUCAGCUGCAUCAACGACGGGAG